CGGAGGGCGAUGGCCAUAACAGGAAGAGGUGGCCCGUCGCGACAGCUCGCGACCCCCGUACUUGAGCGCUGCUUGAGCUCGCAGCUGCCGCCUCUCGACCACGCGUUCCGACGCGCCUGGACGCGUCUUGUCGCGACCAUCAUGCCUGAGCCUCCUCCAGAUCCUGCUCUGCUCUUCACCCCGCCACCAGCCCGGGCGCACCCUGACAGCCCCGCCAGGCUAUCGAGCGUCGCUGACGGUCCACCUACUUCCGAUUUCCUCGUGCGCUCACGGUCGAGUUCGCUUAGUUCCCCUGACGAAAGCGUGUCCCUUGGCCUCCCGUCGGCGCGCCAGCGUACGCGUGAGCAGCCAUUUUACAUCGACGUCCCACCACUACCCGAAGAAGAAAAGGCGCUGUAUCUCCCCUUUGCAGAGCAGCUCAUGUCAAUCGAGUCUGCUUUUGACGAUUUCUCGGAGAUUGUGGGGGUGCACGAAAUUGACGGAGUGCUGCAUUACUUUGCGCGUGACUCGGACGGGAUUUUACAUCGGUUCCCCGUCGACGAAUUUAAGCACGCCCGACCAGAUCUAGUAAAGAAAUACGAACAAGCGAAGAAAGCCGGUACAUUAGGUCCCUUCGAUCCCUCAGCGAGCUACGUCCACAUCAACUCGAGGGUCCGCCUUCAAGUCCACAUCAAGCGUCCCGCUCCCACUCGCAAGCGUCGUCUCAGGCCGAGAAGCUCGAGCACCGACGAGCUCGCCGCGAGCUUCCAUUCCGACUCUGACAGCCCCCCGGCGCGUGGGUACAAAGGCGGAGCGUCCGCAGGUGGCAAGGGCAAGGGCCGCGAGCUGCCUUUCAGCCCGAAGAAGACGCGCUCGCGGGGCCGCGCGGUCGUCGCGCGGGGCUCGGACGCGGAGAGCGAUAGCGACGUGCAGGAGGUUGUCGCGCCCCGGCGGUCGUCGCGCUCGAAGAGGUCGGUGAGGUCCAACCUUAGGGACGCGGACAUCAUAGUGGACUCGGAGGAUGAGGAAUAUGACGACUCGGAUGAGGAAGAGUACGCCGAGAGGAAACCCGGCAAGAAGAGCGCGAAGAAGAAGCGGGUGAAGAAGAGGGGCUCGCGCGCCGCGUAUGGCCACUUCCGGCCCAUCGCGGAUAUGGAGGCGGACGAGCGGGUUGACGAGGAGGGUGAUAUGUUGAGGAUACACAGACAGACGUGCGAGAAGUGCCACACGCUGCCUACGCACCAGGCUAUGGUACAGGCGAGGAAGAAGAAACCAGGCAGACGCAAGAAGAAGGGCAGCGACGAUGAAUCGAGUGAGGACGAGCUGGCCCGUCUAGAGGCACUCGGUGGCUGGGUACGAUGCCUGAAGUGUCCUGUAGUAGCGCAUUGGGCAUGCCUCGCGAAGACCCAACGUGACGAGAUACUGAAGGCAGCCUUUGAGCGCGACAAAAUCGAGUGGCAGGCCGCGAAAGACAGAGCUCUCGCGGAGGGCGAUGAGUUCACAGAACCAGCAAUGACUAAACGGUCGCAGCUAGAGCAAUGGCAGUCUACGGACUUCAUCUGCACAUCCUGUAUGAAGGGCGGUGUAUGCAUGGCCUGCCGAGAGGUGGUCGUUAAGCCGGAUGUCAUUGAGGCCAAGACAGAGGAGCAGCAGCCUGAUGCUGUUGCUGCUGCUGCACGCUCCGGAGAUGUCGAAAUGGCCGACGCAACCGCAGAGGCAACGUCCGAGAAGGCAGCCGAGGACGACAAGGACAAUGAGCAAGACGAGGACGGCAAGGAGCUCGCAUUCCGGUGCAUCACCUGCAAGCGUCUCGCGCACUACGCGCAUCUCCCCAUCCCAGCGGACUGGGAGUACGAUCCUGACGACGUGACGCCGGCCAUGCUCGCGGACCAUUACCAGACCACCACCAACUGGCAGUGCGGGGACUGCUCGUCGUUCGUCUACAACGUCGAGCACAUCCUCGCGUGGCGGCCCUACCCCGAGGACGCCGUGGAGCCUGCGCGACCCGCGGGCGAGCCAGUGAACUACAAGGCGAUGCUGCCUCGCGAGUACCUCGUCAAGUGGGCGGACCGUAGCUACAGGCGGACGUCGUGGGUGCCACACGGGUGGCUCCUCGCUACGUCGGGAGCCAGGCUCAAGAACUUCCUCCAGGGGGGCUCUAAGAUCCGGCUGCUCCCGGAGCCUGUGGAGGAGGAGAAAGUCGACGAGCCCGCCGCGAGCCAGGGCCCGUCCUUCGAGAUCGGAGAGGAGUCUACGGAUGGUCAGGCACCCGAGGAGAAGAAGGUGGUGUCGGUGUUGUCUGCGAUGCCGGAUGCAGAGCGCAGGAUCCCGCCCGUGUGGAAACGCGUCGAUCGUGUCCUAGACGUGCUCUUGUGGCAUCCUGAGGCACGGCUCGGGACGACGAAGCAGACGGCUGGGCGUAAGGGUAAAGGGAAGGGCAAGGGCAAGAAGCGUGAGGACAGCGACGAGGAGGAAAUGGACGAAGACGAGCCUCGGAUGGUGGCAGUUCGUAGGGAACUGGACGCUGCUUACGAACUCGGAGAGCAACCCAGCCAGGACUUGAUCGAGACAGUCGAGGAGUAUGAGGAGAGGACGAACAAGACGCUGAGACCCGAUGACAUCCACCGCGUAGUCUGGGCAUUCUUCAAGUGGGACGAUUUAGGCUAUGAAGAUGCAUCUUGGGAUUCCCCACCGCGACCUGGGUCGGCGAGUUACACGGCAUUUGAUACUGCGUUCGAACGCUAUCUCAGGGCCCGUUCGGUCACGGUCCCGCUGAAGAACAGGAAGGAGGAGGACUUGUUCGACAACACUCGCCCGAAGAAUGCAUGGAGGAAGAAGUAUGCGUUCACUCCCGAGCAGCAGCCCGAGAACGGUCAAGAAUCUCAGUUCAAGUUGAUGCCGUUCCAAGUUGACGGCGUGAAUUGGCUCUGCGACAACUGGUGGAACCAUCAGAAUUGCAUCCUGGCCGAUGAGAUGGGCCUAGGGAAGACAGUACAGAUUGCGUCUUUUAUCGGACACGUAGCCACACAACACGAGGCUUUCCCGGUCCUCGUAGUGGUUCCGAACUCGACGAUCUCGAACUGGGUGCGCGAGUUCGAGCGGUGGGCCCCCAGGCUUCGGGUCGUCCCCUUCUACGGAGAAUCGAAGGCUCGGGAGAUCAUCAAGAAGUACGAGCUGUUCCAUCCAAAGGACAACGUCCUGCCGAAGACCACUGGGGCGAAGUAUCAUGUUCUCGUCACGACGUACGAGAUGAUCACCAAUCCGAAAGACUUCACUCCGGUCUUCAAGAACACGCCUCGGUGGGAAGUUCUUGUCGUUGAUGAGGGCCAGAGGCUCAAGAGCGAUGCGAGUCUCAUAUUCAAGAAGCUCAAGGAUCUGAACACAAUGCACCGCGUCAUCAUGACGGGGACGCCUCUGAAUAACAACAUCAGAGAACUGUUCAACCUCAUGAACUUCUUGGAUCCCGGGGAAUGGACUGACCUUGCUGGUCUGGCGAGGCAGUACGAAGAGCUGACAGAAGACAAGGUCAAGGAGCUUCACGCAAAGCUUAAGCCGUACUUCCUGCGUCGUAUCAAGUCAGAGGUGCUACAGCUGCCGCCCAAGAACGAGGUCAUCGUGCCCAUUAGCAUGGCGCCACUCCAGAAGGAGGUUUACCGGUCCAUCCUGAGCCAGAAUCUGGGUCUCUUGCGUGUUCUCGCCACAGGGUCUACCGGGGCUCGAGUGAGCGCCGCAGUCAGCAAGGCCAACAUGAACAACAUCUUAAUGCAGCUUCGGAAAUGUCUACAACACCCUUACCUCGUCUCGGAGGAGAUUGAGCCGAAAGGCCUGUCUCAAGAAGAGACGCACGCUAAGCUCAUUGACGCUAGCGCGAAGCUCGGACUCCUCAAGACGAUGUUACCCAAGCUACGCGAGCGAGGGCAUCGCGUACUGCUGUUCAGUCAGUUCUCUAUCGCCCUUGAUGUCAUCGAAGAUUUCCUGAUCGGAGAGGGGGUCAAGUAUCUUCGUUUGGACGGUAACACCAAACAAGCGGACCGACAGAAAGGCAUGGACGAGUUCAACAAGCCUGACUCAGAUGUCUUCAUAUACCUCUUGACGACACGCGCUGGCGGUGUCGGCAUCAAUCUUUGGACGGCGGAUACUGUCAUUAUCUUCGAUCCCGACUUCAACCCCCACCAGGACCUACAAGCUAUCGCACGAGCUCACCGCUUUGGUCAGAAGAAGACAUGCCUCGUUUUCAAGCUGAUGGUCAAGGGCUCAGCAGAAGACAAGAUUGUACAAACCGGCAAGAAGAAGCUUGUACUCGAUCAUCUCAUCGUGCAGAAGAUGGAUGACGAAGAUGGCUCGAAAGAGGAUGUCCAGUCUAUCCUCAUGUUUGGAGCGCAGGCUCUGUUCCAAGAAGAGCAGAAUGCUGAAGAUCGUCAGAUACAUUAUUCUGAGCAUGACAUCGACAAGCUCAUCGAACGGACCGAGCAGGAAGGUGAUGAGGUCGAGUCGGAAUCGAACGCCAACGCAGCCUUCUCAUUCGCCAAGAUAUGGUCUGCGGACAAGGACGAGCUCGAGGAAGUCCAAGAAGACACGAACGAGGAUCAGGCAGAUUCCUGGGCGCAAACGUUGGAGCGCAUAGCUGCAGAGCGGGUGAAGGUCCAGGCCGCAGAGACGACGGGCCGCGGUGUCCGUCGCAAAGCAGCUGCUGUGUUCCCCCAGCAAGACCUCGGGCAAGAUGAUUUGGAUACGCCACAUAAGGAUGCAAAGAAGACUGGCAAAGGGAGAGGGAAAGGCAAGAAGUCGAAGUCCCAUAUCUCAGACGACUCCGACGUGUACGCCGCGCCUGGCACUGCAUCUGACAGCGACAGCAAUUCGAGUCACCCGGCGUCCCUUCGGGAGGACGAUCUACUCUCAGACAUCGCUAAGCACCAGCAUGGAGUACUUGCUGAUCCAGACAUCCCUCUUGCUUCGACCUCGACGAUCCUACUUCCACCUGCUCAGCCGAAGGCAACUCGUGACAGUCAGAAGCUCACUUCUGGUGCGCUCGAGCGGGUGGAGAGUCCUCAGCCACUCUCGCCCAUAGAAAACACAAGCGAACCUCGAUGUGGGCUCUGCGGCGAAUCUCAUGGAGAUCAGCCGUGUGACAUGACAGAGAGCCCCGAGAACCUGGCUCAGUACAGGCUCAUGCUGCUCGUCCAUGCUGGAGAUGAACCUGUUGAGGAUCGUCGCGCCGCAAUACAAGUCAUUGACGAGACGCUGCACAAACGGGGCAUGAUUCACCUGAUCUACGGCCAACCCCUGCAUCUGCUGGAGAGACCGGCGAAGGAGGGCAAACCGUUGCACAGGAAACCCAAGCCUGAGGCGCCAUUGCCACUGCAGUCGCUGAAGCGGGCUGUGUUGCCGUCCUCCAGUAAAGUCAGUGGUAACUCCGGCGGUUCACAAAGCACGAAGCCUCAGAUGAAUGGCGCCAAGCCUCUCCUGUCCCCCAAGGUCGAGGCAGGUUCGUCUUCACUCGGACGCACAGAGCGAGGGAAGGGCAUAAUACCCUCGCCUCACGCACGUCCAUCUGGAACUACCAGUGCCAUUGCAGGACCAUCCAAGCGCCCCCCGUCCCCUCCGAUGCCCACAGACUCUCCUAAACUGAAGAAGGUCAAGAGCCUCGGUGGUGCGGGAUGUCCGAUAUGCGGUGCAAUGGUACACCAUCUAGUCAAGGAUUGUCCAGAGGUCAAGGCGGGUCCCAAGAGAGUGAAAAGGGCUAUCAGGAGACUGGAAAAUGAUCCAGCUCAUACGGCCACGGUCAAUGUACUUCGUCACAUACUCACUAAGCAGCAGAGGAAAGCUCUGGCGAACGCGGCGGCGCCCGCGCCGCCUGCCAUUGAACUCAGCGACUAGUAUUGCACUAAUAUAUAGCCUACGACCGGUCGGCGUAUCGCCAACAGCAUUUAUCAUAUCUUGUAGAUCCAUACAUCAUGUUAUUGCUACAGUAUUUUAUUUCUAGACGCGCGCAGAGAAACUGGCA